AGAAGCUCUAAGUACAAAGCAGCCAAAACUCAAUAUCACGCCUGAAGACAUCCUGUGUGUGCAGAUUGCAGGACUUUGCCAUGAUCUGGGACAAGGACCCUUUUCCAUUGUCUUUGAGGAAAUGUUCAUCCUGGAAAAAAGGGCAGAUCUGUUGGACGGUAGCAGGAAGCGCGAGGAGAUUUCUGUGAAGAUGUUUGAUUACUUACUGAGUACUAGUCUCCGUUCAUCAAUGGAGGAAUAUGGUCUGAAUGUGGAUGGUCAAAUUGAAAAUGACCUGGUGUUCAUCAAGGAGAUGAUCCGAGGACAUCUGAACACUGAUGAAACUCAAAAACAGUUCAUGGGUCGAACAAAGGACAAGUACUUCUUCUAUGAAAUUGUGGGAAAUGAGAAAAAUGGCAUUGAUGUGGACAAGUUUGACUACAUUGCCAGAGAUAGCUACUAUCUGGGCAUCCAGAGUAGCUUUGACCAUCGCCGCUGCCUCAUGUUUGCCCGGGUGUGUAGGGUGGGUGAGAAAAACCGCAUCUGCUUUAGAGAUGAGGUGAGCAAUCUGUAUAGCAUGUUCCAAAUAAGGAGCUUACUCCACAGAACAGCCUACCAGCACAAAACGACCAGGAUCAUAGAGGUUAUGAUCAAAGAUGCCCUCUUACAAGCAGGUGAAUGUAUCCAGAUUGAAGGCUCAGAAGAAAAAAUAUACAGUUUAUCCACAGCUAUAGAAGACAUGGAAGCCUACAUCAAGCUCACAGAUUGUGUAUUUGAAAAAAUACUCAACUCCUCCGAGAGGCCUGAUGUAAUGAUUCAGAUGCUAGAACACGAGUUGGGCACAGAUUGCUCCAUCCUGUUCAAUGACUCAAGUCUCUCACCCACCAAAGAAAACAUGGAGGCCUACAAAAAGAUGAAAGAGAAUAUUAUUACAGCCAUCAACUCAUCCUCCAAAGAGAUGGGUGAGGCCAAGAAGCUUCUAUCAAACAUCGUCUCUCGACAAAUCUACAAGUGUUUGGGCAAAAUGCAGUCUGAAAAACCCACCAUGGUGUACACAAGAGAUUGAUACUUGAAAAAAGGAAUUGGCCAGAGCAUGCCCACC